AUGCCCCCAAAACCAACAAUAACAAUAAUCGGCAGCGGAAUCAGCGGCCUAGCCCUAGCAACCGGCCUCUUGCGCCGCGGCAUCCCCAUCAUGAUGUACGAAGCAGCGCCCUCAUUCAGCGAAAUCGGACUGGGGCUCUCUCUCGGCCCAGCCGCGCACCGCGCCAUGCCCCUCAUUGACCCGGCCAUCCGCGCCAUCUACGACAGUCUCGUGACGACGCACGCCGACAGUCCGGGCUACGAGGCAUUCCGCGAGACGUGGUUUGAGUUUGUGUGGGCGGGCGGCGAGCGGGAUGGGGGUUUGUUGAUGGAUUUGAAGGCUUUGCCUUCUGGACAGACGGCGGUGCGGAGGGCGGACUUUUUGAGGGAGCUUGUUGGGUUGAUUCCGGAGGAUAUUGUUAGCUUUGGGAGGAGGGUUGUUGGGGUUGAGGAGGGAAAGGAUGGGGAUGGGGAGGGGGUUAGGUUGGUGUUUCAGGAUGGGAGUGUUGAGAGUGCGGAUGUGGUGGUUGGCUGUGAUGGGAUUCGGUCGGUGGUUAAGGAGGCUAUGUUGGGUGGUGAGGAGGGGAUGGUCAAGCCCGUUUAUAGCGGUAUGUAUGGCUAUCGGGCUGUGCUUGAUAUGGGGGAUAUGGUGGACGCGGUUGGGGAGAGGAGGGCGAGGGUUUCGACGCUUUAUAUUGGGGAGGGGGGGAAGGUGAAUGUUGGGUUUUAUGUGCUGAGUCCUGAGUGGGAGGGGGAGGGCUGGGUGCGUCCGGCUAAGAGGGAGGAUAUGGAGAGAGAUGCGAAGGGGAUGGGGAGGUUGGUGCAGGCGCUUGUUGGGCGUAUGCCGGAUGCGUCUCAGUGGGCGAUUUUUGAACAUCCUCAUAUAUCAACAUAUACUCGGUCUCGCAUCGCUAUUAUGGGGGAUGCGGCGCAUGCGUCGACGCCGCAUCAAGGUGCUGGAGCUGGCCAGGCUAUUGAGGAUGCACAUGUGCUUGCGGAACUGUUGGGCGAUUCUCGAGUGAAUUCCGUGCCGGAUAUCAUGGCGGCUUUCAGGGCGUAUGAUGAGAUUCGAAGACCUCGCAGUCAGAGAGUCGUUACUACGAGCAAGGAAAACGCCUAUCUGUUUUCAUUGUGUUUCGAUGGAGUCGGUGAUGAUGCGGAAAAGUUGAAAGAAAUCCUCAAAGAGCGAUCUCGAUGGCUUUGGGAUUUGGAUGUUGAAGAUCAAGUUGAGCGAGCAAGGGAAAGAAUGACUGCUUAUUUGCCGGCUCGGUAA